GCUGCUUCGGCGGAGACGGAGAUGGGCAGCCAGCGCGCGCGGCGCAGCAGCUCCGGACCCGCGGCUCUCCCCGCCCGCAGCUCCCUGGGCCCCCGUCGCCGCCGCUGUCGCUGCCCUGGUGUCCCCCGACUCCAGCGCUGCUCCUAGGACGGCGCCGCCAGCGCCUCCCGGCCCUGCCUGCUGCUGGCGCCGCGCAGCCCUCGUGCGCGCCCGGGUGGCGCUCUCCCCCAGGACCGAUUUAGAAUGUGAUAACUCACACAUACAGUAACAGCGGAAAACUUUAACAAUUAUCUAUGUGCUUCCCGUGAUAUGUUCUCUAUAUCAAAAAAUUAUGACAUCAACAUCCAAAGGCAUCCUCCGGCCAUUUUUAAUUGUCUGCAUCAUCCUGGGCUGCUUCAUGGCGUGUCUGCUUAUUUACAUCAAGCCCACCAGUAGCUGGAUCUUCAGCCCAAUGGAAUCUGCCAACUCAGUGCUGAAAAUGAAACAUUUCUUCUCCUCCAAAACUGAUUAUUUUAAUGAAACUACUAUUUUGGUGUGGGUGUGGCCAUUUGGGCAAACCUUUGACCUCACAUCCUGCCAACCAAUGUUCAAUAUUCAAGGAUGUCAUCUCACGACAGAUCGUUCACUGUACAACAGAUCACAUGCAGUCUUGAUACAUCACCGUGACAUCAGUUGGGAUCUGACUAAUUUACCUCAGCAAGCUAGGCCACCCUUCCAGAAGUGGAUUUGGAUGAAUCUGGAAUCACCAACUCACACCCCGCAAAAGAGUGGUAUUGAGCACCUCUUCAACCUGACUCUAACUUACCGCCGUGACUCAGAUAUCCAAGUGCCUUAUGGCUUCUUGACAGUAAGCACAAACCCAUUCGUGUUCGAAGUGCCAAGCAAAGAGAAGUUGGUGUGCUGGGUUGUAAGUAACUGGAACCCCGAGCAUGCCAGGGUCAAGUAUUACAAUGAGCUAAGCAAAAGUAUUGAAAUCCAUACCUAUGGUCAAGCAUUUGGAGAAUAUGUGAAUGAUAAGAACUUGAUUCCUACCAUAUCUACUUGUAAAUUUUAUCUCUCUUUUGAAAACUCGAUUCACAAAGAUUACAUAACAGAAAAGCUCUACAAUGCUUUCUUGGCUGGAUCUGUGCCUGUUGUUCUGGGACCAUCCAGGGAAAACUAUGAGAAUUAUAUUCCAGCAGAUUCUUUCAUUCAUGUGGAAGAUUAUAACUCUCCCAGUGAGCUAGCAAAGUACUUAAAGGAAGUUGACAAAAAUAAUAAGUUGUACCUUAGCUACUUUAACUGGAGGAAGGAUUUUACUGUAAAUCUUCCACGAUUUUGGGAAUCACAUGCAUGCUUGGCUUGUGAUCAUGUAAAAAGGCAUCAAGAAUAUAAGUCUGUUGGUAAUUUAGAGAAAUGGUUUUGGAAUUAACUGUUUCCAUCAUUUGCACAUUUAGUAAAACAUUAUGAUGAGAUAUCAUCCAGAUAUCGAGGAUAAGAAGAGAAACAAUAUUCUGAUUUUGUGUUACAAUUUAUUUUUAUCACCUCAUUGGUAAUGUGUAUAUUUUGAUGGAGAUGGAGAUUUUUAAGAGCUCACAAUUACCAAUCAUUCCAUUUGGUUUUGAAUUAUUUUGUAUAUACCUAAUUAUAUACACUGAAAAAUAAUUUAUUCUUCAUUAUCAUUUAUAAACAUUCUUGUUCACAUUUUUAUACUUGUAUGUAAGUUGACUUUCUGUUGUUUUUACACUGAUCAACUCUUCAAUAUAUUUGGAAAAUGAAGAUGCACAGCUCAUGUCUAAAAGUCUAAAAGAUUUUUGGUAAAUAUUACAAUCUAUAAUUCCAAAUUUGCUUAAUGUUAA